ACUUUUUGACUCCAUCUUCGAUAUCGUCCGUGCUUCUCUUCGAAGCUUCAUUCGCGAUCUCCCUCUCCGGCAAUGGCUUCCCCUCCGGCGCAGGCGGCGCUCAAGGCGGUGACGCUCACCCACGUCCGGUACCGGCGCGGCGAUUCUCUUGGUCACUUCCUUGCCUGGGUCUCCCUCAUCCCUGUGUUCAUCAGCCUCGGUGGCUUCGUCUCCCACUUCCUCUUCCGGCGAGAGCUCCAGGGCUUCUUCUUUGCCCUAGGCCUAAUCUUCUCCCAGGUCCUCAACGAGCUUGUCAAGACCUCGGUGCAGCAAUCCCGCCCCGACACCUGCGCCGCCCUUGAGAUGUGCGACUCCCAUGGAUGGCCGUCCAGCCACUCUCAGUACAUGUUCUUCUUCGCCAUCUACUUCUCCCUCCUCUGCAUCCGCGGUCUCGGCAUCUCACCCCGAUCCCGGCCCUUCCUCACCUUUCUCGCUUGGCCCCCCGCCAUCCUCACCAUGUACUCUCGCGUCUAUCUCGGAUACCACACCGUCGCCCAGGUGUUUGCAGGGGCGGGUCUUGGUCUUGUGCUCGGAGCGCUGUGGUUCUGGAUUGUGAACAGUAUCCUUGUGGAUUACUUUCCGGCAAUGGAGGAGAGUUGGAUCGGGCGGGUCUUGUACAUCAAGGAUUCAUCCCAUAUUAAGAAUGUUCUGAAGUUUGAGUAUGAUAAUGCUAGGGCAGCGAGGAAGAAGCAGGCUCAGGAUUGAUUUUAUCUCUCCUUUUGCUGAAGUAACCCAUCUGUUGAAAUAUUGUACCUUGCACAUCAGUGGAGAUCUCAUCAGGUAAUUGCUUUUAUUAUAACAUUAUAGCAGAUUAACUUUGCUUGUUAUUCUUGGGUUUGAAAGGAACUAUAAAGAGACCUGGGAUAAGUAUUUCAAGAUCUCAUAACAGUAGGAUUUCAUUCCACUAUUUAUUGAUAAAAAGAACAUUUUACCCUGAUUAUAUUGUAACUUUAUGCAAUUGAAUAGUUAUUAAAAAAAAUAUCAAUUUCUAAAUAUAGUUCUGUUUGUUUC